AUGUCGACGUCGAACACAUAUGACACGAUUUCAGCCUCUGUGGCCUCAGAUAAAAAAAGAGGAACCGAAUAUGUUUUAGAAAAUGGCAAGCUUCCACCUGAAAUUCCCCAUGUUAAAGAAAUUGGUGCCACCACUGGCCCCCUAAUGAGUGCUUCAUACUAUAUUGGAGACAGGUGUGGAGAAUUCAACGAUGAUUUUAUGCUAUGCCAGAAGGAGAAUGGGGCUAAUGGACCAAUUAAAUGUUUGAAAGAGGGACGCAGGGUAACCAGAUGUGCUGCCAGUGUGAUUAAAGAUUUGAAUGCCAGCUGUAAAAAAGAGUUCGAAUUGCACUAUAAAUGCUUGAACUACUCCAACAUGGAAUUUAAGAAUUGCCGUAAGGCGGAGAAUUUGUUGAACGAUUGUGUGUUCAAGAAUUUGAAAUUAAUCAAGACAAUACCUGACGAUGGAGGAAGAGAGGUAUUCAAGCCGGGCCAUCAGCUCUACACGCCUGUGCAUCCUCAUUAUCCAAGUGAGAAGGCUUACGAGUUGAAACAGAAGGAGAAGCAGACGCAAUGA